UCCAUUUAGCAAUAUCAUCACUAUCGACAAGACAAGGACCGCAACAACUACUACUACCACUAGUAAUACUUGCACAUUAUCAAAGUCAUUGUCAUUGAUUAUCAUCAUUAUUACUAUCCUUUCUUACAACUAAAUACGCACUUCAAGACACUGUUUAAUAUAUCUAUAUAUAUUUUUUUUAGCCAUUUUCAUGAUUGAGAAAUAUCUUUAUCGGCUAUUACUAUAAUAAUUAUGACAUGAUGAAUUUUAUUGAUUGUAUUUUUUGGUAAGACAUUGAAGAACAGUAUCAACAGUUUAUUUAUUAAUAAUAAAAAAAAAAUAAAAUAUUUAAAAUGCUGGACUCUGAUAAGGAUAAAUUUAUGAAGCAACUUAAGAAGAAAAUAGAAUGUUGGAGGGAAAUUAUUUUACCAUUAAAUUCUAUUCUUUUAUGGGAAAAACCAUGGUACCCUGGUGUUAUUUUUGGCACUACAUCUUUAAUCUUCUUCAUGAUUUGGAUAAUGGAACCAGCAUUCUUGACAAUAAUAUCAAUGACUUUAUUGAUUUUGGCUUUGGCUGACUACUUAGUACCAAUUGCAGUUUCAACUUUUAUUUCAUCUAGUGCUUGGAAUGGUCAAAAAGAGCGUAAGCUUGAUGAAAUUUGUCAAAGAGUCAGUAAAUUUAUACUUCAAGCUCAAAGUUUUUGGAAAUUUAUUCUCAAUGCUCGAAGCAACCGUCCUAAUUUCUACUACGGAUCAAUUACUGUGUGUCUCAGUCUUUUGGCAUGGAUAGGAAACGUAGUAAAUAAUUUACUGCUAAUUUAUUUAGCAUUGGUAAUUGCUCUGCUAUUACCAGGACUUCGACACCAAGGACGAGCGCAAUCAACUUUUAAAUUACUUUACAACCAAGUGUUUAAUCGCAAUGUGAAACAAGCAUAAUUUUAAAAAAAUUUUUUUCGAUUUUUAAAUGCUUAUGCCAUAUGUAUGCAAAUAUUUUAUCACGUAAAGCCCGCGUAAUAUUAUUUAAGUACUUAAAGCUUAAUACUAUUACAUAUUUUUUAUUCGAUAAAUAUUUAAAGUCAUUAAGAAUUUAUAAAAUAAGAAGUUAAUCUUUUUCAUCUUUUUAUCUCGCAGUAUUUACUUACUUAUAUAUAAAUAUUUAUAAGGUAUCGAUAAAAUUUUAAAUAUAUAUUUUAGAGUAAAUUUUUUAAUCAAAAAACAAACGUAAUUAUGAAAAGCAAUCAAGAAUUACUUUAAGUAAUAAACUAUCACAGACUGAACAAUCUUUGUUUAGAAAAAUAUUUAAUAAUUAUUUAUCAUGUCUAUAUUUUGAUCUCUUAAUAAUACUAUUUAAUUUAUAAAAAUAUUUACUGUUAAACCGGUGUUUAAAAAAUAGAUAUACCUUAAAAUCUUCAGUGUAAUCACAACCAAGUACUUAAUAACUGAUAGUCAUAAUUUAUAUGUAUGUUGAUUUAUAUAAUCAUAAUUAUAAUAAAUUUCAAUGAUUCAUUAAAGUA